AAAAUAAAGUUUGAAUUUUUAUUGAAAUGUUUUCUGUUUAUGUUAAUAUGUGAUUAAUUAGUUAAUAAUUGUUUCUGAUUUUAUCAACAAUUUUAGAUGUAUUAAACUAUAACAAAUAUGGACAGAGGCAAAUCGCUGACCGGGACCAGAGGUCCCAAAUCAAAAAUCUCCCAACAAAUGCCUGAUUCGUUUAUUGCAUUGGGGGCCAAACCAGGGACUUCUAGAGAUGAUUCUAAAAGACCAAUACCACUGCCGAAACCAUCAGUUACCUCGCUUGGAUCUUCCAACAGUGUUACAGCAGAUAAGUUAAAACGGGAAGGUAGCUCAUCAAGUUUAACCGUGCCUCCAACCAAAAAGCUAAAAGUUGGUCUUCCCGGAGUAUCCAGACCUGGAGUAGUUAGUUCUUCAGGUUCAAGUUUACUUACUAUUGAUCGGAUGGGAGGAGGUACUCCAGGAAUAGAACCGUGGGAAGUAUUAGGUAUUGACUGCGAAGUUGGUGAGUUAUUUGAUAAAAUCACUCCCCUUCUAGCAACAGAGAAUAUAGACAAACUUUCUGGAUAUAUUUUGGGUUUAAUAAAACUACUGAAAGCUAGCAAAUCGAAACCAUGUAAAGUAGUUUGGUCUAUACUGUGCGCUAUAGCUAGUUUGAGAUCAGAUGUUUUCACAAGUGAGAUUACUGUGAACGCUAUGGUCAGUGUAUUGAGAAGAGAUAUAAAUGCAGGAUUGAAGAACAUUCACAAGAGUAAUUCGCAUGUUGACCAGAUGUUUUUAAAUCUGAUUUAUUUUGGGUUUGCUGAUAAAGAUAACUGGCCUGAGAUUUUUGUCAAGUUGUAUGUUGAGGAUGCAAUUGGUGAUAGAGUUAUAAUAGACAGUCCUUUUGCUAAACCGUUUGUUGAUAAUGUUGUGACAGCUUUUCACACCAAACUACCACCAUCAUCGCUUCUGAAAUCAGAAACAUGGACAUCUGCAGCUAGAGAUACUUCUAGUCCCUUGACAAUUAACAGUGUCGAUGAAGAUGAUUCUGUUGGUGAACAGAAGAUUAUAGUUGAAAGUUGGUUCACGAAAAUAGUUCCUAGAUUCACACAUAGCCAAGAGAAGGUUGAACAAAUUGUUCUGGAAGCAAUCAGGGAAUUGCUGGCUAGAAGACAACAACCGGAAACCAUAAGCAAGAAUUUUGUACGAUUUCUUAGCACAGCCUGUGGUUUGACUGAAAUAAGAAUUAUUGGAGUAGCUCGCAUAGAAGCCUGGUUACAUAAUCACAAACUGAUGAAACCUGCUCAAGAAUUACUAGCUUACAUUUGCUACAAUUGCUCAGCUAAUUCUCAACGAGACCUAGAGGUCAUAGCUCAACUGAGCAAGCUAAGAUUGAAAAAUAAACCUAUGGUAAACUACUUUAAUAAUUGUUUGAGAGAAAUGGUAGUAGCAUUUCCUGAAAAUCUGUAUCCUUUGUUGAAAUAUACUAUUUAUAAUGAACUCAGCAAUGCAAGGAACCCAAAUAAUCUGAUUGUAGUUGGAGCAUUGUUUCAAGUUAAAGAUGAACAAGCAGCUGAUGCUUUAGCAGAUAUAUGCUUGGAGUUGCUGUUGAACAAAGACGACUAUCUACGCUCCUUACGAGUUUUAUUAAAAGAAAUAAACCGAGUUUUAAGACAUGACUUCAAUUUACUCACAGUAGUACACUCCCUGCUUCGUGAACGGCCUGAUUUGGCCCCCACCAUCAGAGAACACGAGUUCAGAGAAAGAAUCUUCCUCUCAUUGGUCGAUUUGAGUGCUAUGUGUAUGCUAUUGUGCGUGAGUCCCCAAGUGAGGGACGCAGCGACUCAGAGCAAGCGUGACGUCACUGUUUUGGAAGCUUUCAAAAAACAAGUGGCGAAUAUACAGAGGGAGUGCAUUAUAUGGUUGCAUGAGUAUGCUCUGAAGAUUUACAGGCCUAAUAUUGCGGAUUUUCAUCAUGCGUUGCUUAAGGUACUAUUUUUGGAACAAGCCGAACAUUAUUACAAAGUGGACUCCUGGCCAGGCGAGAACGAAAGAAAUCUUUUUCUAAGACUAGCCAGUGAAGUUCCCUUACUACAAACCACUCUACUCAGGGUACUUCUCAUCGGUAUAAACAAAGAGUACCCCAUAACGCCCACAGAAAUCGUCGAUAUCGUUGACCAACUCAUUAAAAGAGCCGCAAACUUACCCAACGAUCUGGAACCACCUUUGUUCGUGGAUAAGUUGGAAAUAGUUGAUUUAAUCUUUAAUCUGUGUAGUUAUAACUACCCAGAGAACAUUACUUUGCCUCAUGGGUACGUUCCACCCAAGUUAGCUAUCUCGAAUUUGUACUGGAAGGCUUGGUUGAUGCUGUUGAUUCUGGCAGCACAUAAUCCAUUAACUAUAGGGAAUUUGGCUUGGAAUAAGUAUCCGACAUUGAAGAUGUUUAUGGAGAUGUGUAUAACAAAUUAUUUUUCAUAUCCACCACCCACAAUGAUAUCACUGGAAGAAGACUUCCAAUCAAAAGAACAGCAAGUCCUAGUAAUAGAAAAACAAACUAUUUUGGAGUUUGAGUCUCAUUUGGCUGCAGCCAGCACUAAAGCCGAGAUAAAUGAGCAAACUAGCUUGCUUUUACCUCAAUUGAUGGAGUUGAAUCCACAAGGGGAUCCCAGGAGACCUCCUCCCCCUAUUUUGGACAUAUUGCAAACGCUGAACAACUCGCAUAGGUUAGGACACUUGCUUUGCAAGUCCAGGCAUCCGGACUUUCUUUUGGACAUCAUGUCUCGUCAGGGAGGUACAGCUCACAUGCCAUGGCUAGCAGAACUCGUACACAGUUCAGAAGGCGUCUUAUCCCACCUCCCAGUCCAGUGUCUCUGCGAAUACCUCCUGUCCACAGCCCCAGCCGAAAAACUGACCAAACACGGUCAGCUAUUAGCUCAUUUACGGACAGUAGUGAACGGUCCAGACCCUCAAACAGCCGGCGAAGUUUUAGAAUAUCUUUUCAGAAGACUUGCUUCAGACCAUGGAGCUAGCAGAGCCCAAGCCACUAAAGGCCUGGCUAUGAUUCUUGCACCCAGUGACGUAGUUACGGUCGAAGGAUCACCAGAAACAUAUAUUAACUGGUUAUCUCAGUACAUAACUCAGUUCGUCCAUUUUGGAGUCAUAAAAAACAUGCUAGCUCAAGUUUUGAGACAGGCCCUACAGAUCGAAACGAACCCCGCUAUAGUAUCGAGUUAUAUUAACUUCCUAGCUACCAGGGAUUGUUAUGAAUCGUUCGCAGACUUAAACGAACUUAUAACGGACCUAUCUUCGGUGAUCAUUGAAAGACAUAGCGUAGCUUCGUAUGUAUUACCAGGAAAGAACAGCACAACUUUGAAAAACUUGCUACAGAUUUUCUGUUUGUACACGUUGAAGGCGAAAGCUCAUGCUGAAGAGUCCUACGCCAUUCAUCAGGGUUUUAACGAUUAUGUUAUAGUUUCUUGGGGAACUGGAGAACAAUGCGCUAUGCAGCCUUUAGUCAUACACGCGGCGAUAGUUCUGUUGACUUACGGUCCUUUGGAGCACUUUGAGCCGUUUAAUAUUCUUUUAAACACCUGGUUUCCCUUGAAUAUGGACCAUCCAAGAGCGUAUUCACCUGAUACAUCCGAAACAACUUCAUAUCUGCCUGACUGGAUGAAGCUAAGAAUGAUUAGGUCAAAUGUAUCGACUUUAGUUGACGCGGCAAUUGAAAAACUGGAAGCACCAAAACUAGUUUUGUUCAUUCAGUCUUUUGGCAUUCCUACCAGUUCUAUAAGCAAACUGUUAAAUACUCUGGACAAAGCGACGAUUUUAGACCAAAAACUUGUCAUGGAGUCGGUACUGGAUAAAACGUACAUGAUUCAGUUAGUGGAGGUUCAGAAUAAAAGAGGCGCUGUAGGAGGUGACAUAUUUGUCAAAGCCAUCGAAAUGCAUAUACCCCCAGUUCCUGACGUUGACAUUGGUGUCAGUGUUGAAGUUAAAAAACAACUCCCUGUAGUAAAUCAGAAAGAAAAGGUUUAUCUUAAUGAUAAAGCUAUUGGGGAGAGUCUUAAUGUUUUGUUUAACUCUCUAUACAGUGGAGAUAAAAACAAAAUUAUUUUGAGCCUGGUAAAAAGUAUUAAAUCCAAAAAAUAUAUUAGGGAUCUUCUUUUUAACUAUAUCAAGACAGUUCCUAUCAGUACAAUACUCCCGAAUAUCCUUCAAUAUAACUCGUUCUCCACCUUGUUCUCCCUGAUGUUCUCCAGGGAUUCCCUCAACACGGAGAAACAGCAAUUUAUCAGCAAGCUUUUGAGUGGGAUUCCCUCAAAUAACUGUACUGCCAGGGUGUUGAGGUAUUGUCUGAGUGAAUGUACGAAAAUGGAGGAGGAUGUUAAACCUCAACUGAACUUGGAGGAUAUCGUGAAGAAGGAAGAAUUGAUUACUAAUGUUAAAUCUGAAGAAGUGUUGAGUAGGGCUGAGAGUUUGGGAGAGAAAUUAGGGAAGAUUUUGUUGGAGGAUCAAAACGAGGCUGAAAAAACUGGACUGUUGGUGGAUUGGUUGUCCGCUUUGGAACUGGAGAUCGCAAAUUCGGCAAAGGACAAAAUACAGGUUGACUUACUGUUCUCCAAAAACGAGCUACAUUUUAGGCCACUCCUCAUGUCACUCUUGCUACAAAGAGCAAGUUGGAAUAGCCUGCAAAACCUGGUUCUCUACCUUUUAUCUGGUGACACCAAUAACUCUUGUCCAGUAGCUGUUCUAGAUUUUCUGACAGCGCUGAUCAAAAGUCCAAAAUUGUGGCAAGGAAGAGACAAGGCUGUGCCUAAGCACUAUCAUUCAGAGGAUGUUUUACAAUUAAAUGAAUCCCAGGUUAAAACUGUUGUGGCAUAUAUCCUGGAAGAAUCCAGAAUACAUCAGACCAACUGGAAACAAAAAAUGGAGAUUCGCCUUCAAUUAUUGUUGAAAUGCAUCGGAAACCACGCUACAGUAAUAGUCAGAGACUUGGUCAAAGACUUGGAUACAAACAUCUACAGCAGAGAAUUGCUGAUUAUGAUCUACAUGUCUUUGCCGUACUCUGGACAGAACGAAAUCAAGUUCAAGCCAGAGACAGCGCUGAAUAUAUCCAAGAUGAGCUGUUCCAGCACUAUCGACAAGAUUUCGCAUUGUUUGCUUAGUGCGCUAGCUGCGACUCCGAGGUCAAAGGACUGGCCAAGAAAAAGCCAAGACUUGGAACUGUUCGCCAGAAAAUUGACAGCUACCCAUCCCUUGCUCGUCUUACGUCAACUACCCAUGUUGGCGGGAAGUUUGAAAGGCCGGGCGCAGUUUGAUUGGAGCGUUUUAAAAAGCCGAUGGCACUUCACGUUGUUUGGACAAGUUUUGGGACUUAUGGAAUUACUUCAACCUUAUAUCUUUCAACAAAACGCCACCCUGUGUGAAUUACUGGAUUCGUACUUUUUGCUGUUGCAGUGUAACAGUCAGAGGUCCGAAUUGGUGGUGAUUGUGAAGAGAAUCGUGAGUUUUGUACAGAAUUGGAUGGUGAACGAUGUAAAAGGGGCAUCUAAGUUUUUACAGGAGCAUGGAUCGAUUUUGAACGACAUCCAAUUCAACCAACCCGGCGUUAGACCUCUUCUAUCCAGCGUUUCCCUCCCAACAACCGAUCAAGAGGUGCCAUCUGAACUACUGGUAGGCGCGGUGAAUCCCCCUCUUCCAGAAUCCUACCCGCAGCACUGGUCCCAACUUAAGACAUCUCUACAGUCUUCCGACAGUCUUGGAGCCCUCCAAGAAAUUGACCAUAUCACCAACAAAAGACCUCAGCUCUUAGAGAGUGUAGCCCAGUCAUUGUACGGACUCAUGGAAGCUCCUAACUCAUCUGUGAGGUCUCUGGCUUUGUUGCUGAUCAACAGAUGGCUGAAGUACAACCCUAAGGCUGCUUCUGAAGCCUUGCCAGCGGUGCUGAGUUGUCUGGAUAGUCAGAAUGGGGACGCGGUAGCGAGUUUCUUGGAGAGGUUGUCCGAUUUUGUGCCAGUGAUGCAGGAGUAUGCUAAAAUUAUUUUGACAAAGGUGUUCCAGCUGGGUAUGAAGUCUGCUCUCUCUUCUAGUGGUAGUAUUACGAAAACUAUUGAUUUGUUGUGCUUGCAGAAUGGAUGUUGAGAUGGUAUUGGUUGAAAAAUAAAAAUAGUA